AUGCGGAUAGCGGUGGAGGGGUGCGGGCAUGGGGCGCUAGAGGAGAUCUACGAGGCGAUGGCGGAGACAGAGAGGAGGAACGACUUCAAGUUCGACCUCCUCCUAGUCUGCGGGGACUUCCAGGCCGUCAGGAACCAGCAGGACCUGAACUGCAUGGCGGUACCACAGAAAUACAGAACGAUGAACAGCUUCCACAAGUACUACUCGGGUCAGCUCAUCGCUCCUAUCCUCACCAUCUUCAUCGGCGGCAACCACGAGGCCUCGAACCACCUCUGGGAGCUCUACCAUGGCGGCUGGGUCGCACCCAACAUCUUCUUCCUCGGGUACUCUGGCGCCAUCACGGUAGGAGGCGUCAGGAUCGCAGGGCUGUCGGGGAUCUACAAGAGCAUGCACUACCGGCAGGGGCACUGGGAACACCCGCCCUAUGACCAGAGCAGCAUGAGGAGUGCGUACCAUGUUCGCGAGUAUGAAGUUUGGAAGCUAGGGAUGAUGACAGGACACGUUGACAUCUUUCUUUCUCAUGACUGGCCGAGAGGUAUCACCAGGCAUGGCGACGAGAAGCGGCUCCUGAGGACGAAACGCUUCCUGGAGGAGGAAGUUCGGAACAAUGUGCUGGGGAAUCCGUACACUACUCCUCUCAUUGACAAGCUGAAGCCUAGCUACUGGUUUGCUGCUCACUUGCACACCAAGUUUGCUGCGGUCUAUGAACACAAGGACACAGACAAGUGCACAAAGUUCUUGUCGCUGGAUAAAUGCCUGCCCAACAGAGACUUCCUGCAGGCCAUUCACAUCGAGACAGCAGAGUCAGCGGCCGGAGAGGACCUCUCCUCCUCCCUCCGCUAUGACCCUGAGUGGCUCGCGAUCAUGCGGUGA